ACUUCCGGCAAGGGAGUGACGGGCGCGGCCUGGGCGGCGGCGGCGGCGCAUCCUAAGGUGGCGGCUGUCUGAGGUGCUAGCGGCCCGUGGACUCGGGCACCGGAACGAGCCGCGCUGGCGGCGGCGGCGAUAGCCGCGAUGAUGGAAAUCCAGAUGGACGAGGGCGGAGGUGUGGUGGUGUACCAAGACGACUACUGCUCGGGCUCGGUUAUGUCGGAGCGUGUGUCGGGCCUGGCGGGCUCCAUCUACCGCGAGUUCGAGCGCCUCAUCCACUGCUAUGACGAGGAGGUGGUCAAGGAGCUCAUGCCGCUGGUGGUGAACGUGCUGGAGAACCUGGACUCGGUGCUGAGCGAGAACCAGGAGCACGAGGUGGAGCUGGAGCUCCUGCGUGAGGACAACGAGCAGCUGCUCACGCAAUACGAGCGCGAGAAGGCGCUGCGCAAACAGGCCGAGGAGAAAUUCAUUGAAUUUGAAGAUGCCUUGGAGCAGGAGAAGAAAGAACUACAGAUCCAGGUAGAACAUUAUGAGUUUCAGACACGUCAGCUGGAGCUAAAGGCCAAAAACUAUGCAGAUCAGAUUUCCAGAUUGGAGGAACGGGAAUCGGAGAUGAAGAAGGAGUACAAUGCCCUACACCAGCGGCACACAGAGAUGAUCCAGACCUAUGUGGAACACAUUGAAAGAUCCAAGAUGCAGCAAGUUGGGAGUAGUGGCCAGACAGAGAGCAGCCUGCCAGGGCGGAGUCCUCGCCAGUCGUGGAGGAAAAGCAGGAAGGAGCGUCCCACCUCUCUGAAUGUCUUCCCCCUGGCUGACGGCAUGGUACGUGCACAGAUGGGGGGCAAGUUCGUGUCUGCGGGGGACCACUGGCACCUGAGUGACCUCGGCCAGCUGCAGUCCAGCUCCAGCUACCAGUGUCCAAAUGAUGAGAUGUCUGAGUCAGGCCAGUCCUCAGCAGCUGCUACUCCCAGUACCACAGGUACCAAGUCCAACACACCCACGUCCUCCGUGCCCUCAGCAGCAGUUACACCACUUAAUGAGAGCCUACAGCCCCUGGGAGAUUAUGGCAGUGUCACAAAGAACAACAAGCGGGCCCGAGAGAAGCGCAACAGCCGCAACAUGGAGGUCCAGGUUACCCAGGAGAUGAGGAACGUCAGCAUCGGUAUGGGCAGCAGUGAUGAGUGGUCUGAUGUUCAAGACAUUAUCGACUCUACCCCAGAGCUGGAUGUCUGUCCGGAAACCCGUCUGGACCGCACAGGAAGCAGCAGCCCAACCCAGGGAAUCGUAAACAAAGCUUUUGGCAUCAACACUGAUUCCCUGUAUCAUGAACUAUCUACAGCAGGGUCUGAGGUCAUCGGGGAUGUGGAUGAGGGAGCCGACCUCCUAGGUAAACACAGCCUGUCUAUCACCUAUGAACUAUCUACAGCAGGGUCUGAGGUCAUCGGGGAUGUGGAUGAGGGAGCCGACCUCCUAGGGGAGUUCUCAGUGCGCAAUGAUUUUUUUGGAAUGGGCAAAGAAGUGGGGAACUUGCUGCUGGAGAACUCGCAGCUUCUAGAGACAAAAAAUGCUUUGAAUGUGGUGAAGAAUGACCUCAUUGCCAAGGUUGACCAACUGUCAGGAGAGCAGGAAGUGCUGAAGGGUGAGCUGGAAGCCGCCAAACAAGCCAAAGUCAAGCUGGAAAACCGAAUCAAAGAACUUGAAGAAGAGCUGAAACGAGUCAAGUCAGAGGCAGUAAUCGCACGCCGUGAGCCCAGAGAAGAGGUGGAGGAUGUAAGCAGCUAUCUCUGUACAGAAUUGGACAAAAUCCCUAUGGCUCAGCGCCGACGCUUCACAAGGGUAGAGAUGGCCCGAGUGCUCAUGGAACGGAACCAGUAUAAAGAACGACUAAUGGAGCUGCAGGAGGCUGUGCGGUGGACUGAAAUGAUCAGAGCAUCCAGGGAACACCCAUCUGUCCAAGAAAAGAAGAAGUCCACUAUCUGGCAGUUCUUCAGCCGCCUCUUCAGCUCAUCAUCCAGCCCCCCUCCAGCCAAACGGUCCUACCCGUCUGUGAACAUUCACUACAAGUCACCUACAGCAGCCGGCUUCAGCCAGCGUCGCAGCCAUGCCAUGUGCCAGAUCUCAGCCGGCAGCCGACCCCUGGAAUUCUUCCCUGAUGAUGACUGCACUUCUUCUGCCCGGCGGGAACAGAAGCGGGAACAAUAUCGCCAGGUUCGUGAACACGUGCGCAAUGAUGACGGAAGGCUGCAGGCCUGUGGGUGGAGCCUGCCUGCCAAGUACAAGCAGCUGAGCCCCAAUGGAGGCCAGGAAGACAACCGUAUGAAAAAUGUGCCUGUCCCUGUGUAUUGCCGCCCUCUGGUAGAGAAGGACCCCACAAUGAAGCUUUGGUGUGCUGCUGGUGUCAACCUGAGUGGGUGGAAACCGAAUGAAGAGGACUCUAGCAGUGGAGCCAAGCCCACACCAGGUAGAGACCCUCUGACUUGCGACCGGGAAGUUGAAGGCGAGCCCAAGAGCAGCCACCCAUCACCUGAGAAGAAGAAGGCAAAGGAGGUCGCUGAGGCGGAUGCUACCUCCAGUCGGGUAUGGAUACUCACCAGCACCCUGACUACCAGCAAAGUGGUGAUCAUUGAUGCCAACCAACCAGGCACUGUUGUGGAUCAAUUCACAGUUUGCAAUGCCCACGUCCUAUGUAUCUCCAGCAUCCCUGCGGCCAGCGACAGUGACUAUCCCCCUGGGGAGAUGUUCCUAGACAGUGAUGUGAACCCCGAAGACUCAGGUGCUGAUGGUGUGCUGGCUGGCAUCACUCUGGUGGGGUGUGCUACCCGCUGCAAUGUACCACGUAGCAACUGUUCCUCCCGAGGAGACACUCCAGUACUGGACAAGGGGCAGGGGGAUGUGGCAGCCACCGCCAAUGGGAAAGUAAACCCAUCCCAAUCCACAGAAGAAGCCACAGAAGCCACAGAGGUGCCAGACCCUGGUCCUAGCGAGCCAGAAGCAACCACAGUUCGGCCCGGGCCCCUCACAGAGCAUGUCUUCACUGACCUGGCAUCUACCCCACCCUCCAGCACCCAGCCUGCCAGUGAGAAUGGGCCAGAGCCCGAUGGCAGCAUUGUACAGCCUCAGGUGGAGCCCAGUGGGGAGCCCUCUGCAACCACCAGUAGUGCUGCACCCACCAUGUGGCUAGGAGCCCAGAAUGGCUGGCUCUACGUGCAUUCAGCAGUAGCCAACUGGAAGAAGUGUCUGCACUCCAUCAAGCUAAAAGACUCUGUGCUGAGCCUGGUGCAUGUCAAAGGCCGAGUGCUGGUAGCUCUUGCAGAUGGGACCCUGGCUAUCUUCCAUCGUGGCGAGGAUGGCCAGUGGGACCUGAGCAACUAUCACCUGAUGGACCUGGGCCACCCACACCACUCCAUCCGUUGCAUGGCUGUUGUGGACGACCGAGUCUGGUGUGGCUACAAGAACAAGGUGCAUGUCAUCCAGCCCAAGACAAUGCAGAUCGAGAAAUCAUUUGAUGCCCAUCCAAGGCGGGAAAGCCAGGUGCGACAGCUUGCCUGGAUCGGUGAUGGAGUAUGGGUUUCUAUUCGCUUGGAUUCCACCCUUCGACUCUACCAUGCUCACACCUACCAGCACCUGCAGGAUGUGGACAUCGAGCCGUAUGUUAGCAAGAUGCUGGGUACCGGCAAGCUGGGCUUCUCCUUCGUCCGCAUCACAGCCCUACUCAUUGCGGGCAACCGUCUGUGGGUGGGCACUGGCAAUGGGGUUGUCAUCUCCAUCCCCCUGACUGAGACUGUGGUCCUACAUCGAGGCCAGCUUUUGGGGCUCCGAGCCAACAAGACAUCUCCAACAUCUGGGGAGGGGACCCGCCCAGGGGGUGUCAUCCAUGUGUAUGGGGACGACAGCAGUGACAAGGCAGCCAGCAGCUUCAUCCCCUACUGCUCCAUGGCUCAGGCUCAGCUCUGCUUCCAUGGACACCGUGAUGCUGUCAAAUUUUUUGUCUCUGUGCCAGGAAAUGUACUUGCCACACUGAAUGGCAGUGUGCUAGACAGCCCAUCAGAGGGUCCUGGGCCUGCUGCGCCUGCUGCAGAUUCUGAGGGCCAGAAGUUGAAGAAUGCGCUGGUGCUGAGUGGUGGUGAAGGUUACAUUGACUUCCGCAUUGGGGACGGCGAGGAUGAUGAAACAGAGGAAGUUGCCGGGGAUGUGAACCAGGUGAAGCCCAUGUUGUCCAAGGCUGAGCGCAGCCACAUCAUCGUGUGGCAGGUUUCCUACACCCCUGAGUGAGAACCUGCCCUGCCUGAUGCCAACUGUACAUAGGACCCUACCUGCCUGCCCCCCCGCCUGUUCCCUGGGGCAGUCAGGUUCGUCCAUCCCCUUUUAACCUCUCAACUUGCAGCUUUUGCCUGAGGUCCAGCCCCCAGCUGUUAGAGAGGGGUGAAGCAAGUUUGGGGAGUGAGACAGGAGGAGUGGGACACCCUCUCUCCAGCAGCUCCUGGCCCUGGCCAACACCCAGCCCCAGUGAAGUCCCAGGGGCCCCUCAGGGCAAGUCAGGACCAAGAUUGCUAUGGGCAGCUCCCACAGGUGGCCCUGGCAGGAGCGGGAGCCGCAUACUGCCGAGUCUUCCCCAAGUCUACUUGCUUUGCAUGCAGCCCUGAGGGACCCAGGCCUAGCCACUGUCCUCUGCCCAGAAGCAAGGCUAGAACUGUCUGGAUUCCGGGACCUCAGCCAGCCUUCUCUGGAAUUUUCCCUGUCUCCAAACUUAUAUUCCCUUGGCCCCAGCCUGGGUCUUACCUGGGAACCUGGCAUGAAAGCUCAGGGCCGUCCUCCCUGGGCAGCUGCUUCAGAAGAUGACAAAUACCCAUUAACCCAAGGGAUCCCAAGAUUGCCCAGCCCCUCAUAGACCAGUGUCCCCUAGGCUCUUCAUGGGCACAAGAUUAACCUUGGAGGAGCAAGACCCUAGUGCCCUGCCCCUCUCAGAAGCCCCAAGGGUAGAAUUUCUCAGGCUGCCAGGGCAGGCACAGGCCUCAGGAAGAAGGAUGGCCCUGGUGUCCCCAGAGUCAGUCCUAGGAUGCAGGCUCGGCCUCAGGUUAAUGGAGGAUGGUGUGCUCCCAGGGCCUGCCUCCUGCACAGGGCUCGAAGGAGCCCAGCUCGCGGACACGUACUAAGUGCCUAGGGCUGCCAGCUGUGGCCUGCUCCCUUGGAGAGCAACUAACAGAGGCUGCCAGGCAGAGAGGCCAGAAGAGCUGAGGACUGGCCAGGAUGGGCAGAGUUAUAAGCAAGUGUGUGGAGGCAGGUGCUGCCCUGGCCCUGGUCUUACUCUUCCAGGGGCAUUGAUCAGAGUCAGCUGGCCUCUACUGCCCUCUCACCACCAGAGAAGCACAGAUCCAGGGGCACUGCCCCUGAGCCCACCUGGCCACAACAAGCUGCAACAUUGCAGCUGCAGGCUUCUCCCCACCAUCCUGCCACCUCUCCACUGUGAUGUAUGUCCCUUGUCUGUUCCCACAGGAGUGUGAAGUGACCGGGGUUAGCUGGGUGGGUGCAGCUGGAGGAAGGGGCCAGUGCAACUCUCCUCAGGCUUUGGCCUUGCAAGUGAACUCACAUAUCUGCUCUGUAUGUAAUAAAUGUCUUAACAGUACUUUUGUCUUGAAACUA